GCUGCAAUCGGCCAGAUACGAGUGCGCGACGGUGCGCGUCAAUAUACGGUUGAUAACGGACAGCGCGCUCAGGAGAGCCUAACUCAGUUUACGAUGAGAAUCGCCAAGACAGUGCGGUACCCUUUUCGUGUCCGCGAAUGAAUGUCACCGAGACACAACUGAUACUUGGCGUCCUUCCUAGCAACUGCGAAUGGUACUGCCACAACACUGCGACCACGCACAAGCCGCUGUCUUCUGCAGACCUUUUUCGUCCGGGUCGGCGCCCGAGCUCCACCGCCUGUGUCACUGCUGUUGCCGUUGGGCGUGAGACUGCGCAAAGACGGAUUUCCUGGCUGAAAAUUGCGUUCCCCGCCGGCAUCCUGGGAUCGCCUCGUGUCUUACGCUGCGCGUAGUGUCGGUUAAGCUCGAGCCAUGGAAUUCGAAGACGUGAUCGACAAGCUAGGAGGCUACGGCCGGUUCCAGCGCCUACUCGUCUGGGCGUACCUGGCGCCGGCCUCCCUCCUGAUGCCGGGUUACUUCAUGAACCAAAUCUUCAUGCUAUCCGUGCCCAAACACUCUUGCGUGCUACCCGACCUGGCGCUCGCAUUCAACCUGACAGACACCCCCGAGCCGGGUAUCCUGCGCAAGUUCCUCGUGACGGACGACGACUGCAGCACGUACGCGUUGGACUCCAUCAACGAGAGCCUGGCGCGCGGUCUCCUGUCGGCGGCGAGCGCCAGUGACGCGGGCGCUAACGUCACCCGCUUGCUGGAGCAUAACGGCGUCGAGAAGAUGGCCUGCACGGAAUUCGUCUACGACGACACCAACUACGAGAGCACAGCGUCCACGCAGUGGGACUUGGUAUGCGAUCGAGCCCAUCUUCCUAGCCUUGUCUUCACGCUUGGAAGCGUCGGCAGCGCAGUCGGAACCGUCCUCUUAGGCACGCUGUCUGACAGGAUCGGCCGGAAGCCGGUGUUCCUCCUGACCGUCUUCAUCGCGACCGUGUUCGGACUCUCCUCCAUCCUGGUGACCAACUUCAUCGCAUUCGCCAUGUUGCGUUUCAUGAAUGCCAGCGUCAUGCCGCAGAUAUUCCAGCUGCCCUAUAUUAUUCUGCUGGAGCUCGUGGGUCCCGAGCAGCGCACCCUGAUGCUGGGCGUCUGCUGCAUCUCUUGGACCGUGGGCCUGUGCAUACUGCCGCUCAUCGCCUACCUGUCGCGCUCCUGGAUCCUGCUGGGCAUCAUUUGCUCUUCGUGCGCCAUCCCAAACCUUUUCUACUACAAACUCAUUCCCGAGUCACCCAGAUGGCUUCUGUCCCAAAACAAGAUCAAAGACACAACGGCCAUUCUGAAGCGGAUCGCAAAAACCAACGGCGUGGAAGUGCCGGAAGAUCUGGAGACGGAUCUCGUGAAAGUACAAAAAAAGAUAUCCGAAGAAAAGGAAGUUGCAGCCGCUAGGACAAUGGACCUAUUCCGGAAAGCUCGCAUCCGCAGGAAUAUUCUCAUCGUCACAGUAAGCUGGGUAGCCAACAGCUGCGCCUACUACGGCCUGCACAUUAACGUAACCAAUAUGAGCGGAAACGAGUUCCUCAACUUCUUUCUGCUCGGCCUGGUCGAGCUGCCGGCCUCCGUGGUGGGUUGGUGGACCAUGGAGUACUUUGGCCGCCGCUGGAGCAACGUGGCACUUCAGCUUCUCGUCAGCAUCGCCUGCAUAGCGUCCUGCUUCAUACCUGUGGAGGCCGCAGUCGCCUGCGUCACGGCGUCCCUGGUGGCCAAGUUUGCGUGCGCUGCCUCCUUCAUGAUCAUGUACCAGCAGGCCGCCGAAGUUAUGCCCACACCUCUGCGCGCAUUCGCGCUUGGCGCCUCCUCGGCCUUCUCGUCGGCCUUCAGCAUCUGCAUGCCCUACAUCAUAUACCUCGGCCGUUACGGCAACUGGAUUCCCUUCCUGUUCCUCGGUGUACUGGCAGCCGCGGCUGGCAUCUCGGCCGCGUGGCUUCCAGAGACCAACGGCUACGCGUUGUGCCAGACCAUCGAAGACGCCGAGGAGUUCGGCAAGGGCCAGCAGUUCUUCUCGCUCAACAGGGUGAAAGACAAAAAGAAAGACUACGACAAGGCCGGCUCCAAAGAAAAAGAAAUGGAGCCCAUGGCGAAGUCCUCAGACGUGAAAGCCUGAUCGUAUCUCAUCGUCAGCAUUUUUUUCCCGCAAGGUUCACAAGUCGCGCUGUCCGUUCUGUCUCGGUUUCAUCGCUGAGCGUGCGACUGGACGUUCGGCUACGUUGACACCCCCUGGCAUCUGGUUAAACAUCCUCGCAUUCAUUACCGCACAAUGCGGGACAUGCGCUAACAGUUCACGAACAUCAUCGCAGCUACAUGAAAAUGAGUCUUUAGCGAACCACUGUUUAUGCGCACGUGUGAAUCCUGGUGCAAAAAGUGCAAACGAGUCACUCUCAAACAUGUCCUGGAGUGUUAGUUUGUUCAAACGUACCUGGCAGCUCGUUGAACUGUCUAGCGCACGCGUCGUCCAUGAGCAGGAAAAUGUCGGCGAAAUUAAUCAUUAGAAAUCCUACACUUAUAAUCCAGAAACUCGCCUUUGUCGUGACAUUCACGCCCAAGAAACUCUUGAGUGUACGUGGUGCGUGCAAUCUUCCGCGAAUUUACAUAUAGGACACUUAAAAAACAGGCGGGUCAUUUUUCUUAUGCAGGCCGGACCGCAUAAGAAGAUACCGACACUCACGUUGUUUCGCUCACAAAAGCCAUCUCAUCUCCACUCAGCAGAUUAGGUCGUCAUGUCAUACCUGAUAUAGAUGGAUUUUUUUUUUCAUACUAGCUUUUCCGGACGUCAUAUGUUUUAUUUUACCUUUCCUCGGUAUGCAGGGAGGGACUGUCUCCGUAAUUUGUUCACCAGAUUUCUUUUACUCUGAUAGCACUCUGGUCACACGACACGAGUUUUAAUGCUCUAUGUCAAAUAAGUGGAUUCAAAUAAUGGCGUACAACUUUCUGUCCCCGUUGUUCUAAAUAGAACGUUUACAGAGAAUAAAGCAUGGAAUGCAAAUUUCUCCUGAACCGA